CGCCCAGAGCCCGGCAGACAUUGUGGUUUGGGGCAGAGUCCCUGUGAGAUUUCACCAGGGUGGGGUCCCUGCAACUAUGGGAUGAGGCAGAGUCCCUGUGAGAUUUCCCUGUCAUGGGGUCCCCGUGACUGUGGGUCGGGGCAGAGUCCCUGUGAGAUUUCCCCGUCAUGGGGUCCCCGUGACUGUGGGUCGGGGCAGAGUCUCUGUGAGGUUUCAUCAUGGUGGGGUCCCCGUGACUGUGGGUCGGGGCAGAGUCUCUGUGAGGUUUCACCAGGGUGGGGUCCCCGUGACCGUGGGACGGGGCAGAGUCUCUGUGAGGUUUCCCCGUUAUGGGGUCCCCGUGACCGUGGGACGGGGCAGAGUCCCUGUGAGAUUUCUCCUUUGUGGGGUCCCCGUGACUGUGGGACGGGGCAGAGUCCCUGUGAGAUUUCUCCUUUGUGGGGUCCCCGUGACUGUGGGACGGGGCAGAGUCCCUGUGAGGUUUCACUAGGGUGGGGUCCCCGUGACUGUGGGUUGGGGCAGAGUCCCUGUGAGGUUUCACCAUGGUGGGGUCCCCGUGACUGUGGGUCGGGGCAGAGUCCCUGUGAGAUUUCUCCUUUGUGGGGUCCCCGUGACUGUGGGACGGGGCAGAGUCCCUGUGAGGUUUCACUAGGGUGGGGUCCCCGUAACUGUGGGUUGGGGCAGAGUCCCUGUGAGGUUUCCCCAUUGUGGGGUCCCCGUGACUGUGGGUUGGGGCAGAGUCUCUGUGAGGCUUCCCCGUCAUGGGGUCCCUGUGACUGUGGGUUGGGGCAGAGUCUCUGUGAGGUUUCCCCAUUGUGGGGUCCCUGUGACUUUGGGACGGGGCAGAGUCUCUGUGAGGUUCUACCAGGCUGGGGUCCCCGUGACUGUGGGUUGGGGCAGAGUCCCUGUGACUGUGGGAUGGGGCAGAGUCUCUGUGAGGUUUCCCCAUUGUGGGGUCCCUAUGACUUUGGGAUGGGGCAGAGUCUCUGUGAGGUUCCACCAUGGUGGGGUCCCUGUGACUGUGGGUCGGGGCAGAGUCUCUGUGAGGUUCCACCAGGCUGGGGUCCCCGUGACUGUGGGUCGGGGCAGAGUCUCUGUGAGGUUCCACCAUGGUGGGGUCCCCGUGACUGUGGGUCGGGGCAGAGUCUCUGUGAGGUUCCACCAGGCUGGGGUCCCCGUGACUGUGGGUCGGGGCAGAGUCUCUGUGAGGUUCCACCAUGGUGGGGUCCCCAUGACUGCAGGAUGAAUUAGGGUCUCUGGGAGCCAUCGUUGAGUUCCCCGUGGCUUUGCUGAGGGGUUAGAGCUUUGUCAGCGUCAUGGUUCCGAGGAGCUCAGGAGUCUGCCUCAGAUCUGAUCUGGGGUCCGAAUCCAGCUUUUUCGCUCCCGAGCUGCCGUUCUUUCCUGGAGCUCGGAGGCCCACCUGGAGGCCCAGUUGCUCAGCAGUCAGGAUCUGACUUAGCCUGAGCGCUGCUGUGCUCCCUCGUAUACCGUCACUGCGCAUGCCCGUUCGAUCAGCAGAGUUCUGCGGUGCGAGGGCUUCUGUGUUCUUAAUGCCGAGGAGCCCGUCUGCACGGGGCCUGAUGCUCAUGGGAGCAGAGCCCGUCCAUGUGGCCUGUCUGUGUCGUGGUCAGGCCCUGGGGGCGUGGCCAGGCCCUGGGGGCGUGGCCGCCUCCUGCCCUUUCCAGGAAAGAACUGACCCCAGAGGUACCAGAAAAUCCGGUUAACAAAAAUGGUUCCCUCAGGCUGCAGUUUUUUGUUUUGUUCCAGGCAGAGCUGGGUCCCCGUCCUCUGAAAAGGUAGGGAGCCCAGUUCUGUGUCUCCCCAGCGGCCGGCAGGAGAGCAGCGUCAGGCCGGUGAGCUGCAGGCUGACUUGGGAGGGGUGCCGCGGGGGUCUCGCAUCUGAUGUGCUCAUCCCAGCCUCCAGGAAGAUGCUGAGAAUGUCAGCCUCACACCAGACAGUGUAGUUGCUGCUUCCAUUUGGGGUAUAGUGAACACACACCAAGUAAAAACAGAAAUAUCCUUAAAUAUGGCAUCUGUAUCCCUCACAUUACAUAAGGUGGCAAAACACAGAGGAGAUGUUUAACCAUCAGCGUGAAAGUGCAGCCGUAGCCAUUACCGUGAAGGUUCUUCAUUCUUCAGUCUUUAAAGACAACAGCGCACUGGGCCUGGUAACUGAGAGCUCAGCGCAUUGGCCUGACCUGGAAAACAGCACAUUGAUCCCGAUAAAUAUCACAUAACCACCAGUUGGCAGCAGCCAGCCUCUGCAGUCAUGCCUCAAGGAGAGGGAGAGCGGUGGGCACCUCUGUCCACUUGGCGGGUUGAGGUGGGAGCUGGCGGAGCGGGGACCCUCACUGGUGGGCCUUUCGGGGGCAGGACGUCUUGGUGGGCAGAAAGAAGGGGGCUCGUGACUGACUAUGGUCAAAGCCCUGGACACGGCGGUGUCCUGGUAGCCCCAAAUCACUGUGUGUUGGGUUUGUGGUUUUGACCUCAGUCUCUUGUCUUUUGUGAGAAUCUUGCACCCCCCAUGCGCCAGGCUCUGCUGGCUGAGCUGAGUGCACGGUGGAGGGGCUGGGUCUCGGGCCGAGCGGCCGAGCUCCCUGAGGGGCUGAUGGGACCGGCUUGGUGGGGCAAGGCUGCGAUGCUGCAGGCGGUUUCCACACAUUCCUCCCUGGUUCUCAGCCACACUGUGGCAGGAAGGCAGUUAUUAAGCCCAUGUUAUAGAUGAGGCUUAAUAACGCGGUGAUGGCUGGAGAAAGGGGAUGGCUGGGCAGGGGAGCGCCCGAAGGCUCAGACCACAUGGCCGUACCCCGAGGACGUAGGCUCCAGGUGUGCUGUGGCCAGAGGGGUGUCCUGGGGAGGGCGGUCAUCUCCAAGCCUCCAGGCCUUUGUCUGUCACCUGCACAGGAGGAAGGGCCUGUGUCCCAGGGGACGGCCGGCCUGACAGGUACAUCCACCCCCUGAUGGCACCUCCUGGCAUGGGGCUAAAUGAGAUUCUGUGGCGUCCACACUGAAUGCUGACUGGUCAGACUCAUGCUCAGAAAUCAGGGCUGUUGUCAGUGCUUGCUACUUGGAGCCAUGAGCUGGGGCGCCUCCUGUUUGUUGAACCUUCCUGUCUCUUUUGUCUUAGAAACUUCAUGGAGUCCCUUAGCUACCCACAUCCCUUUUCUCAAGAUUUUUCUAGAAUCUGUGGAGUUCCUUAGCUACCCACAUCCCUUUUCUCAAGAUUUUUCUAGAAUCUGCGGAGUUCCUUAGCUACCCACAUCCCUUUUCUUGAGAUUUGUCUAGAAUCUGCAGCACUCAAAGGCCACCCAUCAAGGCCAUAAGAGUGUGGUAGGUGGCACGUGUUCAUGUGUGCACGCCUCUGUUUAUCUGAUAUUCUGGAACCUUCCAUGGCCUCCUUGCUGCUGCCCCACUUGUCUGUCUGCUUCUCCUGAGAUCCAGGAAUCUCAGAUGGGUCCAGACUCCUGCAGGACAAGACCCACUCAGCCACCUCUGUAGAUUGCGCGUCUGUGAGUCGCACAGCCUGGUCUGGCUGAAGGUGGCCGGAGCGCAGGCCCAGUCCCCGCUGUGGACACGCAGGCCCCAGGUUGCUCAGAGGCAGCUCCAUGGAUCCCCACUGUUCACCUGUGUAUGGAAACUCAGGUUUUCUGGUCACACUUAGAUAAUAAAAAGUGGAAGAGGCCUUUGUAUCACCAAACGCUCUAAAUCAGAUCCUGGAAAUGCCAGCUUCAUUCAGCCAUGAGCAGUGCUGCUGACCGUGGAUCUGUUUCCCCCACCAGACUCAGUGUGGGUGUCUGAGUGUGUGGGGUCAGUGUGUGGUAUGUGUAGUGUGAACAUGUGGCGUGUCUGUGUGGUGUGUGUGUGUAAUGUGAGCCUGUGGUGUGUGUGGGGUGAGUGUGUGGUGUGUGGGGGUGUGUGUGGGGUAAGUGUGGUGUGUGGGGUGUGUGGUGUGUGGGGUGUGUGGUGUCUGUGAGUGUGAAUGUAUGCAUGCAUUCUACCCACAUUUUCUUUCUUCUUCCCUGUGUGGUGUGUGUGUAAUGUGAGCAUGUAGUGUGUAGGGUGAGUGUGUGGUGUGUGUGGUGUGUGUGGGGUGAGUGUGGGGUGAGUGUGUAGUGUAUGUGGUGUGUGUGUAAUGUGAGCAUGUGGCAUGUGUGGGGUGAGUGUGGUGUGUGGUGUGUGUGGGGUGAGCACGUGGCGUGUGUGGGGUGUUUGUUGUGUGUUGUGUGUGGAGUAUGUGUGGCGUGUGUGGGGUGAGUGUGAGGUGUGUGUGGUGUGUGUGUAAUGUGAGCAUGUGGCAUGUGUGGGGUGAGUGUGGUGUGUGUGGUGUGUGUGGGGGGUGAGUGUGGGGUGAGUGUGUGGUGUGUGGUGUGUGUGGAGUAUGUGUGGCGUGUGUGGGGUGAGUGUGAGGUGUGUGUGGGGUGAGUGUGAGGUGUGUGUGGUGUGUGUGUAAUGUGAGCAUGUGGCAUGUGUGGGGUGAGUGGUGUGUGUGGUAUGUGUGUACUAUGUGAGGCAUGUGUGGGGUGUGUGUGGGGUGUGUGUGGCGUGUGUGGGGUGUGUGUGAGCGCGAGUGUAUGCGUGCAUUCUACCCACAUUUCCUUUCUUCCCAGGUAGGUCUCAUCAGUGUCAGACCCAAUGCUCCCUUUCUAUCUGGAAAUAAAACUCUUUGAUAACAAAACCCAACCUGUGUGAAUUUGGGAGGACGCCCGUGUGCCCUGAUCAGAAGGACCCACAGAAGGGAAGCUGUGGGCCUGUAAGAGCCACCUGUCCCCUGGCUGUCCCGGCAUCCUAGGGCGCAGCAGCCGUGGCAGCUCCCCUGGAUUUCUGUGAGCACGGGGGCUGCAGGCGUGCUGUGGGGACCCCGUGCCUCCAGGGUGUUGCCAUUGGGCAUGUCCUUCCAGAGAGAGUGAACAAUUCUUGACACAUUUCUAAGGGAAAUCUUCUUCCUAAGGGCAUCUAAGGGAUGCCUUCUUGAGAAGUGCAGAGUGUGUUAAAAACGUGGGGGUCAAUCAUGGCCUCUGCAGAUAAAACCAGGGUCCCCGCAAGCCUUGCAGGUGCAGCUUGGCGGAGGGGACCGUCCCAGAGGAAGUCUCUGCAUCCCUGGCGAGCAAAAUUGCCAGGCUAGUGACAAGGAGGAGACCUGCCCACGGCGCCCUGAGGGUGCUGUGUCCCCGGGAAGUACCCUCUGCGGGGGACCCUCUUCCCAAGGUGGGGGCGGGGCUGCCCUCUGCUGGAGACGCGGAGCAUUGCGGCUCGGUCCCGGGACAUCCCUGGGAGACCAAGAGAGGGAGGGGAGCUUGGACCUUUUCUUCCAGGAGAUGGUGGACGAGACCCUGGCACAGGCGGUUCCCCAGCACGCAGUUUCCAGACAGCUGCACAGCCAGCACAUUCUUUAAGUGGGAAAAAAGUGAAAUUGACCAGGCCUGUUCUUUCACAUGUCAAUGCAAAUUAAAUGGACAAAUCUCUCAGGAAGGCUGCUUUUAAGGGGUUUCAACUGUUACAUUCUAAACCAAGCAUCACUUUUAUCAAUUUAGAAAGAAUGUUGUAUUCUAAUUUUAACUUUCCUUCUGUUUUCAUACGCAAAUGCCAGGUGUCCCAAUUUAAGCACUACAUCUGACUAUACUCAUCAUUUUUGGAAUAUUAGACUAAAAUAGGUUUGCCCCAAAUGGUUUGGGACACCUGUUAAUAUAAACCAAAUUUUUGGUCCUUGGAAAGAUGACUCAUCAGGGCGAAGGGGGUGACCUCGUGCUUUGCUGACUCAGGUGUCCGCCAAUGCCUGAUGUGGACCCUCAGGUGUCUGCCGACGCCCGGUGUGGACUCUCAGGUGUCCGCUGACGCAGGUGUGGGCCCUCGGGUGUCCGCCGAUGCCCGGUGUGGACUCUCAGGUGUCCGCUGACGCAGGUGUGGGCCCUCGGGUGUCCGCCGAUGCCCGGUGUGGACUCUCAGGUGUCCGCUGACGCAGGUGUGGAUGCUCAGGUGUCCGCUGACGCAGGUGUGGGCCCUCGGGUGUCCGCCGACGCCCGGUGUGGACUCUCAGGUGUCCGCUGAUGCAGGUGUGGGCCCUCGGGUGUCUGCCGACGCGGGUGUGGACUCUCAGGUGUCCGCUGAUGCAGGUGUGGGCCCUCGGGUGUCCGCCGACGCAGGUGUGGACUCUCAGGUGUCCGCUGACGCAGGUGUGGACUCUCAGGUGUCCGCUGACGCAGGUGUGGGCCCUCGGGUGUCCACUGAUGCAGGUGUGGGCCCUCGGGUGUCCGCCGACACCCGGUGUGGACUCUCAGGUGUCCGCUGAUGCAGGUGUGGGCCCUCGGGUGUCCGCCGACGCCCGGUGUGGACUCUCAGGUGUCCGCUGACGCAGGUGUGGACUCUCAGGUGUCCGCUGACGCAGGUGUGGACGCUCAGGUGUCCGCUGAUGCAGGUGUGGGCCCUCGGGUGUCCGCCGACGCAGGUGUGGACUCUCAGGUGUCCGCCGACGCCCGGUGUGGACUCUCAGGUGUCCGCUGACGCAGGUGUGGGCCCUCGGGUGUCCGCCGACGCAGGUGUGGACUCUCAGGUGUCCGCUGACGCAGGUGUGGGCCCUCGGGUGUCCGCCGACGCAGGUGUGGACUCUCAGGUGUCCGCCGACGCAGGUGUGGACUCUCAGGUGUCCGCUGAUGCAGGUGUGGACGCUCAGGUGUCCGCCGACGCAGGUGUGGGCCCUCGUUCGUCAGAGGGCAGGUUCAGAUCUCUGAAAACCCUAUAGCCCUUCCUACUCCUAAUGGAGCCCCAUUUAACCAACACCGGCCAGGCCUUGAUAGGAGCCAAGGUCUCAGGCGAUAGAGACCAGCGACAAGCAGAUUCCAGACCCUGUAUGGCCCCCUUAGAGCCACAUGGCCGGGGAGGAGAUGCACAGGUAGACGGUCAGACCUGUGUGUCCAGGCACUGCUUGCUGAGAAGUCUCAGUGGUCAGCGCACACUGGGAACACAACAGCAAAUAAACAGAGAAAAUUGUGGUGCUGAGACAAUAUGUCAGCUAUGGAGGGCGUACAGGGCAGCAGGGCUGUGGGAAAACAAUGUGAGAAAGAAAGAGAGACAGAGAGACAGAGACAGACAGAUACAGAGAGAGAGAGACAGAGACAGAGACAGAGAGUGACAGAGAGACAGACAGAGAGAGACAGAGAGAAGAGACAGAGAGUGACAGACAGAGACAGAGAGAGACAGAGACAGAGAGAGACAGAGAGAAGAGACAGAGUGACAGAGAUAGGGACAGACAGAGACACGGAGACACAGAGAUAAAGAGAGCACGAGGGAGGCAGAGGGCAGGGGCGGCAGCAUCACUGCAGACAAGGAACUUAAUGUAAACUGGGAAGCAUUCGUCACAGAGACCCCAGGAGGGCGCCAGCGGCAUCUCUGGGGGCAGCGAACACACCAGGGGGCAGGACAGAGUGCCGGGGAGUCGGGGGCUGUAGGGACAGAGUCUGGGAGGUGAGACAGGGUAUGUGGAGCCUUUUCUGAGGGGCUGUGUUUUCUGUGAAGUGGGUGCCAAAGAGUUCAUGAGCUGCCAGAAUGCAGGGUGGAGGGAGAAUGCGGGGUGGAGGGAGGAGCUGGGAGAUGGGGAGGAGGGCGGCGGCCCUCAGAGAAGGGACGAGGUGGGAAGCCUGGAGCUUGCUGGAGGAGCAGUGUGGAAGGAAUUCACUGAAGCUGAUGAUGACGCUUACUUUCCAUGGGCCUGGCUCAAAGCUCCCAGCUCCUUGGGAGGUAGGGACUCCAUCUACCAGCCAGCUUGCUGGGACAGGGGUCACAUUCAGCCCAUAAGAGGCAUGUACACAUACAGAUGCACACACGCACCUACACAGGCUUGCACAUGCCACACACACACACACACAGAUGCACGCAGACACGCAGGCACUCAUGCACUUACAUACACAGAUGUGCAUGUGUAUAACCACACACGUGCACACACACACACAUGCAAGUGCAUGCAUACCCCCCCACAGACCUGCACAUGUACACUCCACAUGCAUGCACAGUUUGUGUGGACUGUAUGGGGAGGGUGCGUGUGGGACGCAACAGAAACACGAAUGUAAUCACUAGGCUCCCAGUCAAGAGGAGAGUCCUCCUAUCUCGCUGAUUCUAAGAUGAGCACCUGGAGCCAACUCGGUUUGUCGUCCCCCUGUGGUGACCUGAGCACCCUGUCCUGCUGUCUGAGCUGGAGGGCAGCUGGACCCCAGCCCUUGGAAGAGCCCCACUUCUCGCUGUGGGUUUGAUUUCCUAUUGAACUUUGAAUUGGCUUUGGAAUAUAAGGACAGGAAGUGUCUGUGAGCGUGUGUGAGCGUGCUAAACAAUUUAAUACGUGUGCAUUAAAAAGUGAAGCUUCCGCUUCACCUCCUGCUUCCCUCCCCCACAGCUAACUGUGGAGCUGCAUUGGGGUGACACCCAGGCUGUUCAUCCACGUGUGGUGGGACAGCACAGGACAUGCCGCCUCGCAGCUUGCUGCUUCUGUUCAGCGGUGCGUCGUGGCGCCCUUCUACCUUGGCGCCAUUUGCUGCUGCCUUUCAUUUUAUAUAUAUUUUUUCAUGUUUUGAGACAGGGUCUUGCUCUGUCACCCAGGCUGGAGUGCAGUGGCAGGAUCUCAGCUCACUGCCACCUCAGCCUCCUGGGCCCAAGGUGAUCCUCCUGCCUCAGUCUCCUGAGUAGCUGGGACUGCAGGCAUGAGCCACCACACCCGGCUAAUUUGGGUAUUUUCUGUAGAAAUGGAGUCUCACCAUGUUACCCAGGCUGAUCUAGAAUUCUUGGGUUCGAGUGAUCCACCCACCUUGGCCUCCGAAGUGCUGGGAUUACAGAUGUGAGCCACCGUGCCCGCCUGUGCCUUCCUUUUAAAGGCUUCCUGGCCCCUGUGAUGUAAGCAGACCUGGUGUGCUCACUUGGGCUGGCCCCCGUGACGUGAGUGGACCCCGUGAUGUGAGUGGAACCCGUGACGUGAGUGGACCCGGUGUGCUCACUUGGGGUGGCCCCCGUGACGUGAGUGGACCCCGUGACGUGAGUGGACCCCGUGACGUGAGUGGCCCCUGUGACAUUAGUGGACCCCAUGGCGUGAGUGGCCCCCGUGACAUUAGUGGACCCCGUGGCGUGAGUGGCCCCCAUGACGUGAGUGGCCCCCGUGAUGUGAGUGGACCUCGUGGCGUGAGUGGCCCCCGUGACGUGAGUGGACCCCGUGUGCUCGCUUGGGCCUGUUUGCGGGCAUUUCGUGGUCCCCACUGUUUCCCUGUUAGGGUCACUGCUGUAAAGGGUCGCCCCGCCAUGGUGUUCUGUCUGUGAGAUUGUGCCCUGUUUCUGGCAGUUCUCAAAUGCUCCAGCUGGAUGAUUUCCCCCCCACCCCCACCCCAACGGAGUUGGCAGUUUCAGGGCCGCCCUUGUCUGCCAUCCCUGGCUGGCCUGAGGCUGUGCUGGCCCCGGUCGCCCUGCAUGGUCUGAAGCCCUGAGUGGCAGCUCUGCCACCCGCAGCCAGUCUCGUUAGGAGGAACCGGGAGACAUCACGCGGCCCAGGUGUCUGCGCGCUGCGCUGGGUGGGAAGCCACCUCUCAGGUGUGUUUCCCGUCUCCACAUCAGCAUUUUGUUCAUGGAGUCUGCUGCUUCUGAGCACUGGGGACACGUUGCGGAGGCCCUGCCAUUCCUUCCUCCGGGUUCUGCACGCACCGCGGUGACCACCUCCCCCGAGGUCCUCUCCCCACACCUUCCCAAAACGUGUUCUCCACGUCCUUUUCUGUUACUGCUGUUGAAUUCAACAGCUACUGACCACCUGUGGCCAUUUAAAUGUAAAAUGAAAGCAAAAUAAUAUUAAAAAUCCAGCCCAUGGCAGGCAGGGCUGCCUCUUUUUUUUUUUUUUUUUUUUUUUGAGAUGCGUCUGGCUCUGUUGCCCAGGCUGGAGUGCGGUGGCGUGAUCUUGGCUCACUGCAGCCUCAACCUCCCCAGCUCAGGUGAUCCUCCCACCUCAGCCUCCCGAGUAGCUGGGAUGACAGGCGCAUGCCACCACGCCCGGCUAAUUUUUGUAUUUUUUGUAGAGAUGGGGUUUCACCAUGUUGCCCAGGUUGGUCUCAAACUCCUGGGCUCAAAUGAUCCACCUGCCUCGGCCUCCCAAAGUGCUGGGAUUACUGGCGUGAGCCACCAUGCCCGGCCAGGCAGCCUCAUUUUCAUUCACACAUGACCAAUGGCUGCUUAUUGGGCUGCACGAUGGUUAUGCUGGCUCCGUCCUGGAGGAGUGAGUGCCCUCACCCUCACCCUCACCCUCGCCCUGGUCUCGCCCUCACCCUGGUCUCACCCUCGCCCUCGCUCUGGUCUCACCCUCGCCCUCACCCUGGUCUCAUCCUCGCCCUGGUCUCACCCGCGCCCUCGCCCUUGCCCAGGUCUCACUGGCAUGAGCAGAAAGACAAGGCCCGGGGUUGCAGUGUCUGUGCUCAGGGUCCAGGACACAGCUCAGGACCGACCUUCCUUGGGGAGUGACAGUCCCCGGAGGUUAGGGGCUGCUGUGGCCAAAGAGCCACAGAUCAGAGGUGAGGAAGGCCUGCCUGAGGCAAGGCAGGCCCGCAGUCCCGGGCGGUGGCAUCAGGGUGGGCGCCCUGAUAGCAAGGGACCUAUGGCGCCCACACCGGAGGGCGGGAAAAGGAGGAAGAGCAUGGCCCCCGUGAAGCCCCUCGGGAGGAAGGGUUCCUGUCCACCUUCAGCACCCCCGUGCAGACCUCACCAUUCCCGACGGGAACACUUGCGAUAUUCACUUCCAACCACACGAGGGCGCAGCUGGGCAACCGCAGCUUUUGGAAAAAUGUUGAAACUGGGGCGGCUUCUCUGGGUGACUCUGACGCUCUCAUUGCUUCACGUUUAAUUUUUGUGUCCUGCUAUAACUACCAUGUAGUGCACUUAUGAAUCGUGCAUAUUUUACUCUAAGGCCUGUCUGUAAACCCUAAUAAAUGACCCUACUCAGGUAAGACGUCCUGACAGUGAGGUUUUUAAUAUUUACAAGCCACAGAAUUAUUUCCUGCAGCCACAGAGACUUCCUUGGCGGGAAACCAGGUCCUCUGACCUCACCCGGCUCUGCAGUCUGUUUUGCCGUUUUCCGCCUCAAACCCCCUCUGCGGUGUGCAGCUCUGGGUGUCUGAUCCCUCAGGGGUCCUGUCUCCCCUCCUCCGGCCCCCUCCCUGGCUCCUUCGCCUGCUGCCUUUUUCUUCCAUGAGGAUGCGGUUCCAGUGUCCCCCAGGACAGCUUCGUGGCCGGCCGCCUCCAUGGAUUCGGGUGGGCACAGGUCCUGCAGGGAGCUCCUGUGUUAUCUGCCCUCCGCGCGAAGCUCCUUGGAGGAUGGCGAUUUUAAGGUCUUACUGUGGUGUGAGCGAUCAGAGACCCCAGUGUUUACCAGGUAGGCUCUGGGCUCAGACCCCAGCGCCCCACUUGUUAGCUGUUUGACCCUGGAUAUGUCAUUCACUUCUGCGUUCCUCAGUUUCUGCACGUUUAAAAUGGCAGAGGCCCCUUCGGUAGUGAGUCUGUGUGACGGGCGAUGGGGCCUUCCUCUCUGGUACAGCAGGGGCCUGAGGGAUGUUUGGCCUCAGCGGGUGGAGGAUGGCUGCAGGUCAGGAUUUUGCAUCACAAACAACACUGCUGCAGUCACAUUAGUGGAUUUUGUUAUUAUAGAGGACACUCGUGUCUAUAAUUCCAAGGACCCAUUCUCCAUGCCCAGAGGCACCUCAGUCCCACAGACCCCAGCCUGAUUCUGGGUUCGCAGUUGGCCAGCGUUGCAGAAGCUCACAGAGGAGUCUUUGGAAAUGAGAAUGACGCCACCAUUCUCUUUUAAUUGUGUCAUAGGUCUUCCUUCCUUUUAUACAUAAGUUAACUGAGGCUGGUUUGCUUUCCACAGCCAGAGUUCUAAGACAAUUUUAAGUAACACUUUUCUUUCGCUAUUUCUUUAUGAAUGUGUUGGGUUUUAGGGAUCACAGAUGUGCUUGGGCAACCAAGGCCGCCUGUGUCUCUGUGCUCUGGGGGGCUUUUCCUACGAGCUUUGCGUGAGAUGCCAGCUGCCCACAGGCAACUGGGCACGGAGGGCAGGAGAAUAAAGCAGGCCAGGGCAUCAGGUGGGGCUGAUUCCAUGGAGGGCAAUGGCAGUGGUGGGGGCAGGUGCGGGGUGGGUGAGUGGCAGCAGCCACCCACAGAAGGACGCGCUGUCCUGGCCCCGCAUCCCCAGGAGUGCGUGUGUCGCAGGCGACCCUGUCCUCUCACCCAGGAGCCCUCUGAGCUCGCGCCUUUCUUCUUCAGGUGUCUGCGAUAUCAUGCUCCCCUUGUGUUCCUCCUGCCUCCUGGCUGCUGCCAGUGGGUGGCCCCCCAACUCCUCCACCAGACCCUGACUCUCAGGGGACCCCCAGCCUCUAUUUGUGUUAUUCCUAUCCAGUCCAUGGGGUUCAGAUACCAAGUGGAACUUUUAACAACCAUGAAUUCCUAGGCCUCACUCUCAAAUCAUCACAUCAGAAUAUCCAGGAGUGGCCCGAGAAGACCUGUGUUGUAGCAAGCUCCCGGAUGUUUCUCUUGCAUCCAUCUGGCACUGGUCUGCACACUGGUGUUUGGAACCCCCAGACUUGAACUUAGUGCCGUGCGGUCCAGCGGCCCUCCUGUCCAUCUCGGUGCAGAGAGGGGCUGGGGGAGGUGCAAGCGUGUCAUCCUAGAAGAAUUCCUCUCAACUAACAGCCUGCCGUGUUCUUGGCAUCUGUGCACAGUGGAGCCCCACAGGCUGGCUCAACCCUUGGCUUGCGUCCUAAGCUCUGUGUGCUGUUAGGAUGAUGAUAAUGACCACGAUAGAAAGCACCUUGCUGAGCCCCUAGGAGUAGAAGGUGGAGGGCAGGCCAGGGCAGAGUUGAGCUAGACAGAGUGAAGAACACAAGUUCUGGGGAAGCAGGGAAUUGUAACCAAAGAUGAAACCACCCCUGCCCAGCGGCACCAUUUGUAGGGACCUUGGAGAGUUGGUUGAACAUCUGCAGAGCAUGGGGUCGGAGACUCAGGUCAGACUAAACUGGUUCAGAGCCAGGAUACCCCUUUCGACCUGGGUUAUAUUUGUCAUCAUUCAUGUAAAUGUUUCUGUUAGAUGGAAACAGGUUCAAAACCCACUACCUACUUCCAUUCUGGCUCUAAUAGAGUAUCUUGUAGCCAACUGAUAUUUCCACCAAGAGCAACUGUAAAACCUGGGUAAAAUUUUGUUUAAAAAUAUGUUUGAGGGAUUGAGAGGCUGCAGAGGCAGCCAGGACUUUGGGAGCCAGGUUCUGGAAUUUUACAGAGGUGAGCCCCACUUUCUGCAUUUCAUGGUGAAGUAUUGAAUGCUUUGCCCCUGAGGUCAGGAACACUGUUCUCAUUUCU